UCUUUGUAGGUAGUCCGUCCACUUCUAACAUCAAUGAAAGACCAGGUACAGUGGCUAUAAAUGUUAAAAAGGCAUCGGACCGUAAUGAAAUUAAGACUAAAAAAAGUUAUACUAAAGUAAAUAAAAGUGUUAAUAAAACCAAACGGGAAGAACUGAUCAAGCACAUUUUUAACAUGUCACAAAUUCUAAAGUAUUCCAAUGCUACGCCUAUUCGAUGUCACGAUGGGAUACACUACGGAUGCUGUUAUUGUAGUGAUUUAUUUGUUAGUUCUACAGAUCUUAAGAGACAUACUAUAGAUGUGCAUUCGGAUCUAGCUAACACUCGUUUUAUAAAACGAAAGAGCAUGAUGGACUUCUACUUGAAAUUGGAUGUAACUAAUUUGGAAUGUGUCAUUUGUAACACAGCUCUUAAUACAUAUGAAGAAUUAAUGGAACAUCUACAUUCUAAACACGAGAAGAAAUUGCAUUUCGAUAUUAAAAAUCAAAUAUUGCCGUUCAAAUUCGACAGUGAAGCAAUCCGAUGUUGCAUUUGCUUGAUCACGUUCACGAAAUUCAGAGCACUUUUAGAACAUAUGAACAGUCAUUAUAGAAAUUUUGUGUGCGCCAUUUGCGACAAGGGUUAUGUGAACGAGAGACGGCUUUCUUAUCAUAAUCAAAUUCACGAAUCUGGAGAUUUCAGCUGUGAUUUCUGUCCGAAGAAAUUCAACACGUUACAGAAAAAGAAAUCGCAUGAAGGUUAUCAUGUUAAGCCAAGUGGUAGAAACAAGUGUGGAUACUGUAGCUCGACAUUUGUGUGUUACAGACAGAAACUAAAACAUAUAACCGAAGUGCACGGUGUUCACCACGUGAAACUGAAGUGUCUGGCGUGUGAUAGGACAUUUUAUAACAGCAGAUCGUUGAAUGCACACACGAAACGGUAUCAUUUAAUGGAGCGAUCGCGCCAAUGUACAGAGUGUAGCAAGAAGUUUUUCAAUACGUCUGAUUUGACGUACCAUAUGGUGAAACAUACGGGAAUAAAGCGGUUUCAAUGCGACGUGUGCCUGAAAUCGUAUGGUAGGAAGAACACUCUGGUAGAACAUAUGCGAAUACAUAAUAAUGAUCGUAAAUAUAAGUGCGAAUAUUGUACACAGACAUUUGUGCAAAAGUGUAAUUUGAAAGGACAUAUGAGGUCAAAACAUAUUGAAUUCAUAUAGUUUAGUAACUGGUGAUAUACUUAACCAAUUUAAGGGAAUCGUAGUAGUUGAUGUCUAUUUUUGUCGGUUGGCUCGAAAGUGUUGGACCAAAUAACUUAGCAAUCUGUUGUAUAGUUG